CACCAUCUUCUGGCGCACACAAAACUUGCAUCUGGCUCGUGCCUAUCUUGUCCCGGCAUGGCAGUCUCUCGAGGCCCCAAGAAGGCUGCGCGGUGCUCACGCAAGCCGCGCACAAAAAAGUCUGAUCCGGACAAAACCUACAAAGGUCGAAUAUCAAAAAAGACUCCUCCGGGUGGCAGCGCAAUCCAAGCGGUUUCUCGAUCCAAUCCUGCGCGGGCAUGCCGACACGGAUUCGUGAAGUUCAAGGACCUGCUUGCAGAGCUCCGAGAGCAAGUUUACAGCCAUGUGUUGAAGCCCCAUGGCGGCAACAUGGUUAGGGCCGCCAAGGCCGAGCCAGCUGAUACCAACGGACCGUUCGCGCUGCUUCUUACAGACCGUCAAUUGCAUGAGGAAGCAUCCACGGUGCUCGCUCGCUACACCGUGGCCGUGAUUGAUAUGGUGGUUGAUCGAGACAGGAUGACAUGGUUUCGGAAGCACGACGUUUGCCAGAGCAAUCCAGUCAGGCUUGAUAGAGUCAGGGCCCCGGGAUAUAAGAGGACAGAGAAGCAAAUCACGGCAAACAAGGAGAAGGUAACAAUAUUUCGUCGAGUCCACUUCUCCGUCGGCUGGGCGUACCACGACACUGAACACCUCCGGUUGCAUGACCCGCUUUACCUAAAUGAACUCAAAGCCUACGUCAACAUAUGGGUCGCCAACGCUAGCGACGAUAGGAGGCGGUCAGGGACUUUGGAACUCGGGGCCGUGCUUCAUUUCUUGCUCAGAGGCCAACCAGAAUCGAAGACAUCGUUCUUCACGAAGCGACGAGAGGCUGCUAAGCAGUUGCUAUAG